AUGGUAAAAAUUGAUGAAUCUCUAGAUGUUGAUUCGAAUGAAGUUAGUUCAACCGAUAGUCAUACAUCUGAUGAUGAGGAUUCCAGCUAUUCGGUGUCCGGUGGGCAUGAUAGGUCAGAUGAUGGCGAUGAUACUAGUGACCACCAUGAUGAUGAUGAUGCAUCUAUAGGUGAAAGAGCGGUACGUAUUAAUUCUAUGACUGCUGAUGAAAUUCGUGGUAUGGAAUUUGGUAGUGUUGACGAAGCUUAUGAAUUUUAUUAUCAAUACGGUAAAUGUAAAGGUUUUUCCGUUAGGAAAAGUGAUGAUAAGAAAAAAAUAGGGCCUGAUGGUAGUAAAAUAAUAACAAACAAGCUUUUUGUAUGCAGUAGACAAGGUUUACGAGAUAAGAGACACAUAUCUAGGUUAGAUAGGAAAAGAGAGCAUAGACGUUUGACACGUACGAAAUGCACGGCUAGGUUUCGUGUGACAUACAAAGCCGAUAAGGGUAGAUUUGUAGUGUCUGUGUUUGAAGAGACUCAUAACCAUGAAUUAACAUCAGCUAGGUUUGUGCACUUACACCCGGUUUAUCGUAAAAUUAGCGAAGCAGAUAGAGCUCAGGUUGAUGGUAUGCAGUCACGUGGAAUUAGAACUUGUCAUAUUAUGGGGUACAUGGUUGCUCAGAAGGGUGGAUAUGGUGGUGUUGGGUUUACGAAGAAAGAUCUUUAUAAUUAUUUUGAUAAAAAAAUGCGUGAUAUUGUUAAAGAUGGUGAUGUUGCCGCAUCGCUACAUUAUCUUAAUGCAAAGUCAGCUACUGAUCCCAUGCUCUAUGCUGAAUAUGCUGCAGCUGCUGACACUAGCAAUGGACGAAUGAAGUCUCUUUUUUGGGCUGAUGGGACCAGUAGAUCUGACUACUUCUGUUUUGGAGAUGUGGUUGCAUUUGACACAACAUACAAGAGGAACAAAUACAACCUCCCGCUGGUUAUAUUUUCAGGUUGUAACCACCAUUCCCAAACAAUAAUUUUUGGCGCUGCGUUGGUAUCAGAUGAAACCACGGAGACGUAUAAGUGGGUGUUGAAUUGUUUUUUGGAGUGUAUGGAAAAUAAACGCCCAAAAGCUGUGGUGACAGAUGGAGAUGGGGCUAUGAGGGAGGCUAUAAAAGAGGUUUUCCCCGAUGCGACCCAUCGGUUAUGUGCCUGCAUUUGA